ACAUUUGUUUUUCUCUUUUUUCUUUUUUUUUUUAGGCUGCAGCUCUCUCUGUUUUGCAUUUCAAUUAUGGAUUGAUCGAUUAUUGGAUUUUCGUCUGUAAACUGUGGAGUUAAUAUGUUGGUGUUUCUCCUUGGUUUUCAUUUCCAUAAUCCGUUCCUGAAAUUUUGAGUCUCAAAGUUUCGCUUUUUUUUAGUCGGCAUGUUGGGAUUCUAGAUGGAGAUUGGUUUGGUUGGAAUCUAAGCUUGUUAUGUAUUCGUUUUUGGUUGAUCUUGUCUGGUGAUGCGGAAUUCUUGAUUUCUUAUUAUCGAGUAGGCGCCAUUUUGGAACUUUGUUUCGGAUAGAGCUACCAUCUGGUUUGAAUUAAGGUUAAGGAGUUGAACUGAUAGAUGGAGGUUGUGUCCGAGUCUGAUGAUGCUGAGACCUCCAUUAUCCACCUUCCGGAUGAUUGUCUUUCCUUUAUCUUCCAACGACUUGAUAAUGUUGCUGACCAUGAUUCAUUCGGUUUGACUUGUCGUCGAUGGCUCAACAUCCAAAACAUAAACCGUCGAUGUGUACAAUUCGAGUGUUCUUUCACUAUCCUGAACCCCGCAAGUCUGUCUCAGCCAAAUCCUGAUGUAAAUUCCUAUCAUCUCCAUAGGCUCCUCACUCGGUUUCAGUGGUUGGAGCAUCUUUCGCUCGCUGGAUGCAUGGUACUGAAUGAUUCAAGCCUCACCUCUCUCAGGAUUCCCGGUGCAAGACUGCGUGGUCUUUACUUAGAUUGUUGCUUUGGGAUUUCUGAUGAUGGGAUCUUUACUAUUGCUAGCUUCUGUCCCAAUCUAAGAGUGCUUAGUCUGCACCGCUGCAAUAUCAGUGACAUUGGGUUAGAAACUUUAGCCAGGGCUUCCUUGCCUCUUUUGUGCGUGAAUCUCUCGUAUUGCCCUCUGGUGUCUGAUUUUGGCAUAAAAGCAUUGUCACAAGCAUGCUUGCAGCUUGAGUCAGUGAAGAUCUCAAGCUGCAAGAGCAUAACCGGUGUUGGCUUCAACAACUGUUCUCCAACUCUAAUCUAUGUGGAUGCUGAGUCUUGUCAGCUUGAGCCUAAGGGUAUAACGGGGAUCAUUAGCGGAGGUGGGAUUGAGUUUUUAAACCUUUCAGGUGUAAGUUGCUACAUCAAAGAGGGUUUGGUACCUAUUGGAUCUGGGAUUGCAUCAAAACUUAGAAUCUUGAACCUAAGAAUGUGCAGAACGGUUGGUGAUGAAUCCAUCGAAGCUAUAGCAAAAGGAUGUCCAGUGCUCCAAGAGUGGAACUUGGCUCUGUGUCAUGAAAUUAAGGUUUUGGGAUGGGAAGCUGUAGGAAAGUGGUGCCGUAACUUGAAGAAACUCCAUGUGAACUAUUGUAGGAACUUAUGUGACCAAGGGUUGCUUGCUCUACGAGGUGGUUGCACGAACCUUCGGAUUCUCUACAUGAGCGGGAAUGCGAGGCUGACCCCGACAGCUGUUGAGAUGUUCAGGUUACAUAGAGCCGAUAUAACACUAAGGACAGAAGAUAUGAUGGCCAUAGGACCAUACUGGAGAACAUAUCCGCAAGAAUGGACAUGAAUCACAAACAAGUUAUUUUAGUCCAAUGUUCUUUCACAUCAUUUUUCUUAAUAAAGCAAGGAUUCAAAUC